UAUUAGAGACCCUAGAGGAUAUCUGGAGUUGUAGUUCCUCAACACUCUUGAGAUUUAUAUACUUUACUAACAGGAGAACAACCCACUGUAAGACAAUGUACAAAUGGGAUUUAAAAGAAAAAAAUCUACUUGUGGGAAAUAUAUAUAAUAUAAAAAUAUGUCCUUCUAAAAUAUCCAUCAGAAGAACCACAAAGGAGGACCCAAAGAAAUUGACUACUUUUUACAGCUUGUAUGUGGACAGUGCUGGUGCCAGUUGUUACCUCCUGACUGAUCACUAUAUAGCUGUCUCCCUGAAGUCUUUUGCACCAAGGCACAGUAUUUUACUCAUCUGUCCAGUGAAGGCCAAAAAACCAGGACUUCUUAAACACAAGAUCAGCACUGAACUUCACAACUUCAAAGUGGAACAGCUUUGAUGUGGCAAGUUUUCCAUGCGGCCAAACAUGGCGGAAGAGGUGAUUGUUGUUGCCAAGUUUGACUACACAGCCCAACAGGACCAGGAGCUGGACAUUAAGAAGAACGAGCGUCUGUGGCUACUAGAUGACUCAAAGUCAUGGUGGCGCGUACGCAAUGCUGCCAACCAGAUGGGCUUCGUGCCCUCCAAUUAUGUGGAGAGGAAGAACAGUGCUAGGAAAGCAUCCAUUGUCAAGAAUCUCAAGGACACAUUGGGAAUUGGGAAGGUGAAGCGGAAGACAAGCAGCAGCACGGCCACAGGCGCAGAUGCCGACUUCUACACGGACAAUGGUGAGCGAGCCUAUCAGCUCAGCCUGCCAGCUUUGGUCAAAUUCAGCUACACAGCGGAACGCGAGGAUGAACUGUCGCUGGUGAAAGGCACGCAGGUCAUUGUCAUGGAGAAGUGCAGUGACGGAUGGUGGCGGGGCAGCUAUGGCGGCCGCUCCGGCUGGUUUCCCUCCAACUACGUAACUGAGGACCCUGAUGCCACAGCAGCCAGCGAGCCUGCUGGCUCACUUACAGAGAAGCUGGCAGCUGCAAUGCGCAGCGCAGACCGCAUGUUGGAUGUGGUGCAGGCACUCUACCCCUUCAGCUCGGGCAACGAGGAGGAACUGAGCUUCGAGAAGGGAGAGGUCAUGGACGUGGUGGAGAAGCCGGAAAAUGACCCAGAAUGGUGGAGGUGCCGUAAGGCCGAUGGCCAACUGGGCCUCGUGCCUAAGAACUACGUGGCGGUGCUACAAGGGGACUUGCGCAGUUGCCAGGGCAAUGUAGGCCCACCCCCACCUGACUGCGACUACAUUGAACCCGCUGUAAAUGGGAAGUUUGCUGGGCGGCAGUGGUACUACGGCAAAGUGACCCGGCACCAAGCCGAAGUGGCCUUGAAUCAGAGGGGCGAAGACGGCGACUUCCUCAUCAGGGACAGCGAGUCUUCGCCCAACGACUUCUCCAUUUCCUUGAAGGCACAGAGCAAGAACAAGCACUUCAAGGUGCAACUGAAGGAGGGUCUCUACUGCAUUGGCCAGCGCAAGUUCAACUCCAUGGAGGAGCUGGUGGAACACUACAAAAAGGCACCCAUCUUCACAAGUGAGCAGGGAGAAAAACUGUACCUGGUCAAGGCCCUGUGCUCUUUGUGACCAUGUCAUAACUACAGUUGUGAGCUGCGGAAGGUAUUGUUUCCAAAGUGGGACUGAACACGACAGUGGACUUGAUGGAAGGGAAAGAACCCAAAAAGACUUUCCAGUUCAUGUUUAGAUAUUUCAAUUUAUAUUUACUUCUAUGUAUUAUUAGCUCUGCUUAGUUUUGUUAAUAUAUAUUCUUUUUAAACCUUUUUUUUAAUGUGACUUUUUUUUUUUUUUUUUUUUUUUUUUUUUUUAAAUGUCCUGCAACAUCGAAAAGUGACUUGAAGUCUUUUCAUAAGCUGUGCCAAGUGUCUGUGAGAGUAGAUGAGGGGAAGGAGACUGAAGUUUCACCAGACCCAUUUACCCUUAUGCUACAGUGUUACCACAACAUAACCGACCACACAUGCAACUAUUUCUGCAGGACAUGUUGUUCUCAGAAUUGUGAAAAAUGAAAUAAAAUAUGAAUACAAAUAAA